AUGUCGGUCUCCAUCCCCCGGGAGCCGCUGCGGAGCAGCUCGGCCGUUCCGGGCCGCUCCUUCUCAUCCCGCUCCUUCACGGCCGCUCCGGCGCUGAGGAUGAGCACGGCCCCGGCCCUCGGCCCUUACGGGGGGCUCCGGGGCGGCUCCGGGGGGCUCGGGGGACCCUCGUGGGUGCCGGGCGCGGGGAUCACGGCCGUCACCAUCAACCGGAGUCUCCUGGCGCCGCUGGACGUGGCCGUGGAUCCCGAGCUGCAGGAGCUGCGCCGGGAGGAGAAGGAGCAGAUCAAGACCCUCAACGAUAAAUUCGCUGCCUUCAUCGACAAGGUGCGGUUCCUGGAGCAGCAGAACAAACUCCUGGAGACCAAAUGGGGGCUCCUGCGGGCACAGCCCCCUCCCCGCAGCAGCCUGGGGGGGCUCCUCGAGGGCUACGCGGGGACCCUGCGGCGGCAGCUGGAGGCGCUCGGGCAGGAGCGGCAGCGGCUGCGCGCAGAGCUCGGCCACGUCCGCGGGCUGGUCGAGGAGUUCAAGGCCAAGUAUGAGGAGGAGAUCAACCACCGCACGGAGAAGGAGAACGAGUUUGUCCUGCUCAAAAAGGACGUGGAUGAAGCCUACAUGUCCAAGGUGGAGCUGGAAUCCCGCCUGGAGAGCCUCACGGACGAGAUAAACUUCCUGCGGCAGCUCUAUGAGGAGGAGCUGCAGGAGCUGCGGGUGCAGGUGUCGGACACGGCCGUGGUGGUGUCCAUGGACAACAGCCGCCAGCUGGACAUGGCCGGGGUCCUGGCGGACGUGCGGGCGCAGUACGAGGACAUCGCCGGCCGCAGCCGCGCUGAGGCUGAAGGCCUCUACCAGGUCAAGUACGAGGAGCUGAAGACAGCAGCUGGGAAGCAGGGGGACGACCUGCGCCAGACUCGCAGCCAGAUCCAGGAGCUGAACCGGCGCAUCCAGCGGAUCCAGGCAGAGAUUGAAGCUCUGAAAAACCAGCGCUUUGGGCUGGAGGCGGCCGUGGCCGAGGCUGAGGAGCGUGGGGAGCUGGCACUGAGGGACGCCCGGGCCAAGCUGGCUGACCUGGAGGGGGCCCUGGCCCAGGCCAAGCAGGACCUGGCCCGGCAGCUCCGGGAGUACCAGGAGCUCAUGAACGUCAAACUGGCCCUGGACAUCGAGAUUGCGACCUACAGGAAGCUGCUGGAGGGCGAGGAGAGCAGGCUGGAGGCUGCUGUGCAGAACCUGAGCAUCCACACCAAGCCUUCAGGGUACCUGGGUGGACUCGGGGGAGGUUUUGGGGGGGGAUUUGGGGGGGCGUUUGGGGGGGCCGUGGUCAGCUCAGGGUACUCGGUGCCGCCCCCACCCCCCGAGAGCACGGCCCCCCUCAAAUCCCGGGCCAUCGUCAUCAAGAAGAUUGAGACUCGCGAUGGGAAGCUCGUGUCUGAGUCCUCCGACAUCCUGGAAAGCUGA